AAAGGCAGUAAAUCUGAUGCAGUGCCUUAGAUAUAUUUUGCAUCAUCAUCCCAGAGAUGAAGCUGUUACAAACAUAUCACGCAUUCCUUCCACAAUAAAUAGCUGUAUUUUAUCCCCCCAGGUAAAAAAAAGACAAUUACCUUAACCAAAUUAGAGACAUGGAGGAGGAAUCAGUAUCAGAGACUCCCUCAGACAUUGAGCAAGCAAAAAUGCCUGUUGCAAGAGAUGCCACUACACAAGACACACUGAGAAGUGCAGGCAGCAUAAGCAGCCAAGAGGCUGUGGAUUUAUCCUUUGAUGAGACAAUGGACUUAAGUGGGUAUCAUGGUGAGACUUACACAAACUACAAAAGGGAAGGAGGCUAUUCAUUGUAUUUCAGACUGGAGAUCCUUUACUGGCUGAUUUGCAUGCUUGUUGGAAUUAUAAUUGGACUUUUGGUAUUUGCUGUAGACAUAAUUUCAAGGACCUUUGGUCACUUCAAGUAUGCCUUGAUGUCAAGAAUUGUUCAAGAUUGCAACAAUGACAUCACCAGCUGCUUCCAAGUGAUGCUGUUCAUCACCCUGGGGAUAAACAUUGUGGCAACCAUGAUUUCUGCCAUCAUUGCAGCCUUUGAAGGGGCCAGGACCUACUCAGGAAGUGGACUAACCUUAACUGCUACCUACUUGAAUGGGAUUUUCCUCCCAAGAGCAUUGUGUGUGAGAACAGGGUUUGCAAUGGCUAUUGGGAUCAUGUUCUCUCUUCUGGGAGGAAUGCCAACAGGAAGGGAAGCUCCCAUGGUAUAUCUUUCUGCAAUUCUCAUGACCAGUAUUGCAUCAGGAGCCUUCUUCUCCAGACUGAGUGACAAGAACUUCCUGUGGCACUUUGGAGCAGUGGACAGGGAUCAAAAGGACUUGGUGUCCAUUGGGGCUGCAGCAGGAUUUGCUGCCACAUUGGGGACUCCAUUUGGGGGAGUCAUCUAUGUAUUAGAAGAAGGAGCAUCCUUCUGGAAGCAGUCUUUGGCAGCAAAGGCCACCAUGACAGCUUUCUUGGCCUUUUUUGUGGCCAGCCAGCUGACACAAUUGACUUACCUGGCACCAUACAAUCAUGACAUCUUUGGGUCAUUGCUGGAACCUGGGCUGGGAAUGGAUCUUGGGAUUGCCUUGUUGGAUGUUCCUGUUGCCAUUUUGAUGGGGACACUUGGAGGAGCUCUUGGUGCUCUUUUCAAUUGCAUGACCAUGCAGUUGAGGAAGUUCAGAACAGGGUAUGUGGCCUCAAUCAAGAAGAAGUUGGUGGAGUCUUUUGUGAUUGCUCUGGGAGUUACUGGGAUCAUGUUUGCCAACAUUCUGACCAGUAGUGUUUGUGCAGAGGACAAGAGGGUCAGUAGGAAUCUUUUUGACCGCAGGGAUUCCUUCCAGGCAGUUUUCAACCAUAACCCUGUUAGGGUUCUCCUUGGACCCAAAUUGCCAAUCUUGGGCAUGGCAGCUUUCUCAUCAGGAGUCCUUAGGAGGCCAGUUGCCCUUACCAUCAUGAUUGCUGAGCUCAUCAACAAUUUCUACUUUGUUCCCAUAUUGCUGCUGACCACCAUUUCUGCCAUGAUGAUUGGCAACCUCUUC